AUGAACCGUCCUCAGCUAGCCAUCGCUUCGGGUCGCAUUUUAAGCCAUGCAGCACAUUUCAGACUUGUAAAUAGGCGUCCGUUGACUGUCUGCUGUCCGGGUCGCCACAUUAAACCGAUCCCAUUCGAUGCCACUUUUCUGGGACAGGGCUUCAGGACGUCCCAAUACAGGGCCGCUGGAGUAGCGUUCUCCACUAUGGCAUCGGGUGGAGAAGGGGAGGGGCCUGGAGCCUCAUCAGGUGGAGAAGGGGAGGGGCCUGGAGCCUCAUCAGGUGGAGAAGGGGAGGGGCCUGGAGCCUCAUCAGGUAGCAAAGGGGAGGGGCCUGGAGCCUCAUCUCCACGGCAACAUAAACACUCCAACCGCCUGAGUAAAGAGCGGUCCCCAUACCUGCUGCAGCAUGCACACAACCCCGUGGACUGGUUUCCUUGGGGCAAGGAAGCUUUUGACAAAGCCAAAAGUGAAGACAAGCCCAUAUUCUUGUCAGUCGGCUAUUCCACAUGCCAUUGGUGUCACGUGAUGGAGAGGGAAUCUUUUGAGGACGAGGAGAUUGGGAAGAUCCUGAGUGAAAACUUUGUGUGCAUCAAGGUGGAUCGAGAAGAGAGGCCCGAUGUGGACAAGGUCUACAUGACUUUUGUACAGGCGACCAGCGGGGGAGGCGGCUGGCCCAUGAGCGUCUGGCUCACUCCCGAGCUGAAGCCCUUCAUCGGCGGCACGUACUUCCCCCCGCGGGACGCCGGCCACCGGCCUGGCCUCAGCACCGUCCUCCACCGCAUCAUGGAGCAGUGGCGAAGUAACAGAGAGGCGCUGGAGUCCAGUGGAGAGAGAGUGUUGGAGGCUCUUCGGAAGGGAACGGCGAUCGCAGCCAGCGAAGAGCAGACGCCCCCUGCAGCUCCCCUAGUGGCCAACCGGUGCUUCCAGCAGCUGGCCCACACCUACGAUGAAGAGUACGGAGGAUUCAGAGACGCGCCCAAGUUCCCAUCACCCGUGAACCUGAUGUUCCUGAUGUCGUUCUGGGCGGUGAAUCGCUCGUCGUCGGACGGAGAAGAGGCGCUACAGAUGGCUCUGCACACCCUGCGCAUGAUGGCGGUCGGAGGCAUCCACGACCACGUAGCACAGGGUUUCCACCGUUACUCCACAGACUCCUCCUGGCACGUGCCCCACUUUGAGAAGAUGCUCUACGACCAGGCGCAGCUGGCGGUGGCCUACGUCACCGCAUACCAGGUGUCCAGGGAGCAGCUGUUUGCCGAUGUGGCGCGUGACGUCCUGCGCUACGUCUCCAGGGACCUGAGUGAUAAGUCUGGGGGCUUCUACAGUGCAGAAGAUGCCGAUUCGCUGCCGACGUGGGAGUCGAGUGAGAAGCGGGAGGGGGCGUUCUGCGUCUGGACCGCGGCCGAGAUCCGAGAGCUGUUGUCUGAGAUCGUAGAAGGGGCGUCGGGGGGAGGAGUCACCAGAGCGGAUAUCUUCAUGCACCACUAUGGAGUCAAGGAACAGGGCAACGUGCAGCCAGAACAGGAUCCCCACGGGGAGCUGCUGGGCCAGAACGUGCUGAUCGUCCGCUACUCCGCUGAGCUGACCGCCGCCCACUUCGGCCUGCAGGUGGAGCAAGUUCACCAGAUCCUCGCCAGCUGCCGACACAAGAUGGCCGCCGUCAGGAGAACGCGGCCGCCACCGCACCUGGACACCAAAAUGCUAGCCUCCUGGAACGGCCUGAUGCUGUCUGCGUUUGCGCGUGCGGGAGCGGUGCUGGGAGACAAGACGCUGUUGAAGAGAGCUGAGGAGGCCGCCCACUUCCUCCAGCAGCACCUCUGGGACCCGGAACAGCGGAACAUGCUGCACUCCUGUUACCGUGGAGACGAGAUGGAGGUGGAGCAGAUGUAAGCUAAUGCACAAGUUAGCAAGUUAGCAAUGCAGUGACAUUAGCAGUUGUAAGCUAAUAUAGAAGUUAGCAAUGCAGUAACAUUAGCA